AUGGUGAGGUACAUCCAUCAGUGGCUCACGGCCAAUGAGUCUGCUGGGCACAGGCUGGACGAGGCCCUUCUGGAGCUGACCGAGGAAUACCCCUCGGACGUGAUGAUCACCCUAUUGCGCUGGGCCCCAUCGUGUGACAGAGCUGCUGCGACCAUGUGGGGAACCAUCAUGUCCUCGAGCAGGACUGCGGAGCCGGCGCUGCAGUUACUCCUCGACGCGCUCAGCGCCUGGCCAGUGUACAGCGUGUACACCUCUGAUGGGGACAAUGCAGGAGUCUUUGCCCUGGCUGCAACCGUGGCACUGUGGAGAGUCUUCAAUCUGACCUGGCGCUCCCCUGUCGUGCUGGAGUAUUUCCCCAAUCUCUUUCUGCGUCUGCUCUUCCAAGCUUACAUCAGCACGCAGGAGAUGCCAAAAGAGGUUGAGACUUUCUGGAAGGGAUGCCAGGAGGAACACGGCCUCGCCGCCAACCCCAACAGCUUUGCACUGCAGACCCUGAAGGCCCUGCUCUGCCAAAUGCGCUAUGAGCACGUGGUGGUGUCAAUGGAACGCAAGCGUGCCUGGGACACGCUGCUCUGUGCUGACACCCACCACUAUGCAGUGCGUCUUCUGGCCAGGGAGAUGCGCCGCGUCUCCAUCAUCUGGUGUUGCGGCAUGGCAUCCUGCCUCUUUGACCUGCUCAGCGAAGGCAUUUCAGACUGGGAACUGCCCGCCCUGGCGUUCCUGGUGGAGGUCCUGGACUGCCUGGACUUGAGCGAAUGUGGUGAAAAAGUCCUGGAGAUCUUGACAAGUCAGCUGCAGAGCGAGUCCACGGAGAUGCGUCGCGUGGUACUCCGCGGCCUCGUGGUGCUCACUUCGAUGGAUCCAAGCAUGUUCAACCUGACUGAAAGCCUUGGGAAACUACUGUGGGAUGCGGACGAAGACAUCGUGGAGAUGACCCUCAUUGUGCUCAGCUUACUGCUGCUGCACAAAGACCUCACAAUAGCCAGCCCCAUCGCCCUGCAGCUGGCUGAGGCGCUCUGGCACCUCUUUGACAAUGACAACAGCCAUGUGCAGCUGCUCUCCAUUCGCCUCUUCCAAGACGUGAUCACGCUGGUAGUGGCAAAGGACAAAAAGGCCCUGAAGAAGCAUGUGAGCGAGAGCCUGCUCCCGCUCUUCUUCCACUGCCACGAUGAGAACGGGCGUGUGGCACAGGCCUCUCGGGAAACGCUGCUUUCUGCAGUAAGGUUCCUGAAGAGGAAGGAUCUCAAGCAGCUGCUGAAGACGGAUCAGAUGUGGAGGUUGGCCGAGUGCUUGGUAAGGACGGCCUGGAAUCCCCAGCCCAAUCCCUGGAGAAGCCGCCUGCCCAUGGCACCCAGUCUGUGGGGCUGGCAGCUGUGGCCCCUUCCCAGUGCCCCACGCAGGCACACCACUCCCUUUCCUGGGCCGUGCGGGCUUUUCUCCAGGCUCCUCUGA